GACUGUAGUGAGCUUUGAGUGUGCAAAUGGGACAAGAGUAAUGAUUAACAACCAAUGUGCCCAGAUUUAAAUGGGGUGGGAGCUCUGGGCAGGAGCAGAUCUUUCUCAGCUGAAGUGCUCCUCACGAGAAGGCCCCAACCUCGGAAAAGAUGCUUUCUGUGAGGGUCUUCUACCUGGUCUUGGGUGUGUUCGGCACAGUAUGGAGCGCAGAUACUGGUGGAGCGUUUUUAACAGAAGGAGGAGGUGUGCGUGGCCCAAGACUUGUGGAGAGACAGCAGUCUGCCUGCAAAGAAACUGACUGGCCCUUCUGUUCUGACGAGGACUGGGGGUACAAAUGCCCUUCUGGCUGCAGGAUGAAAGGGCUGAUUGAUGAAGCCAAUCAAGAUUUUACAAACAGAAUAAAUAAGCUGAAAAAUGCACUAUUUGAUUAUCAAAAGAACAAUAAAGAUUCCAGUACAUACAGGAACAUAAUGGAGAUUUUGAGAGGGGACUUUUCCAAAGCCAAUAACAAUGAUAAUACUUAUAACCAAGUGUCAGGAGACCUGAGAAGCAGAAUCGAGAUUCUGAGGCGCAAAGUCAUUGAGAAAGCGCAGCAAAUCCAACUUCUGCAGAACAACGUCAGGGCUCAGCUGAUAGACAUGAAACGCCUGGAGGUGGACAUUGAUAUUAAGAUCCGAUCUUGCAAGGGUUCCUGCAGCAGGGCUUUGGCUCGUGAAGUAAAUCUGAGAGACUAUGAAGAGCAACAGAAGCAACUUGAACAGGUUAUUGCCAAAGAGUUACUUCCCUCUAGAGAUAGGCAAUUCUUACCACUGAUAAAAAUGAAACCGGUUCCAGAUUUGGUUCCUAUACAGUUCAAGAGCCAGCUUCAGACGGCCCCUCCAGAGUGGAGGGCAUUGACAGAGAUGCAGCAGAUGAGAAUGGAGUUAGAGAGGCCUGGGAGAGAGGCCAGUGCCCGAGGAGACUCUGUGCCUCACGGAACAGGAUCAGAGACCGAAAGCCCCAGGAAGCCUGGGCCCGGUGGUCCUGGAUACUGGAAUCCUGGCAGUGAUGGAAAUCAGAGCCCGGGAGGGGCUGCAUCCAGUGGCACUGAGCACUGGAAUCCUGGGAGCUCUCGGCCCCCUUAUGGUGGAACUAGGAACCCAGCAAGCCCUGCCUCUGGAAGUUUUAGACCAGAUAGCUCAGGCUACGGUAGCAACAGGCCUGCCAACCCAGACUGGGGUACAUUUGAAGAAGAGUCAGGAAAUGUAAGCCCAGGAACAAGGAAGGAGUACCACACGGGUAAACUGGUCACUUCUAAAGGAGACAAGGAGCUUGUGAUCGGGGACGAGAAGGUCACCUCUACUGGCACAACCACUUCACGCCAUUCAUGCUCUAAAACAGUCACUAAGACUGUUGUUGGUUCUGAUGGUAGCAAAAAGGUGACCAAAGAAGUGGUGAACUCGGAAGAUCCCGCGGACUGUGGGGGUGGCCCAGACUUAGACAUGCUGCAUGGUUUUAGUACCCACGGCAGCCUCGAUGAAUUUGCCCUGAGGCACCCCGGUGAAGCUUCUUUCUUUGAUACAUCUUCAAGUGGAAAAGUAUUCUUACCCUCAACUUCCUUCAAAGAGUUCAGCAGUAAGACCCAUUCUAGGGGCACAGAAUCAUCCUUCUUCACAGACAUAGAGGACUCUGGCUCUCAUACCUUUGGAAUCCCUGAGUAUUCCACCAGUGGUACUACAAGUCACAGACAGCAACUAGCAAGUAGUAGUAGCACAACUUACAAUAAAGGAGGCUCCACAUUUGAAACCAAGAGCUUGAAAAUGGCAGAUGAGGCUGGAAGUGAAGCCCAUCAUGAGGACCUGGGAGACGCACACGGCAUCAAGAGAGGCUAUGCUAAAGCUCGCCCUUCUAGAGACUGUGAUGAUGUCCUCCAAACACAUCCUUCAGGUGCCCAGAGUGGCAUUUUCAAUAUCAAGCCACCAGGAUCCAGUAAGAUUUUUUCUGUUUAUUGCGAUCAAGAGACCAGUUUGGGAGGAUGGCUUUUGAUCCAGCAAAGAAUGGAUGGAUCACUGAAUUUUAACCGGACCUGGCAAGACUACAAGAGAGGUUUCGGCAGCCUGAAUGACAAGGGAGAAGGAGAAUUCUGGCUAGGCAAUGACCACCUCCACUUACUCACGCAGAGGGGCUCGCUCCUCAGGGUUGAGUUAGAGGACUGGGCUGGGAAGGGGGCGUUUGCAGAGUAUCACUUGCAGGUGGGCUCUGAGGCCCAGGGCUACGUCCUGAAGGUCUCCUCCUACCGGGGCAGCGCUGGCGAUGCCCUGGUCGAAGGUUCUGUGGAGGAGGGGGCAGAAUACACUUCUCACGAUGGGAUGCAGUUCAGUACCUUUGAUAGGGAUGCAGACCAGUGGGAGGAGAACUGUGCGGAAGUCUACGGAGGAGGCUGGUGGUACAAUAACUGCCAGGCAGCCAACCUCAAUGGCAUCUACUAUCCCGGGGGCACCUAUGACCCCAGGGAAAACAGCCCUUAUGAGACAGAGAAUGGCGUGGUCUGGGUCCCCUUUAAAGGAGCAGACUAUUCCCUCAGGGUUGUGCGCAUGAAAAUAAGGCCAACGGCAACCUGAUGGUUGAGCCGGUGGGAGGGGGAGGUUUGUUUCUGUCCUUUAGCAAAA